GUGAUGUGAUUGUGGGAAUUAUGGGAUACCACGAGGUGUUAAUUCGGGGCGAACCACUAGUAUUAAUAUAAUGUAUUUUGUUUUUCACAAUGAAGGCUAUUAUAUUAUUUGCGCUAUUCGCCCUGGCCGCUGCUGAAAUAGAAUAUUACGUUGCCGAUGAUACUCUGGACAUUAAUGAAAUAGUUUCUGAAGUAUCAAGGAUGAAAAGUUUUGUAGACUGCUAUCUGGAUAGAGAGCCUUGUUUUGAACCAGCUGCAACUUACAAAUUAUUGAUUCCUGAAGCUCUUGCCACUAAAUGUGAAAGGUGCACGGAUAAACUCAAACAUUUGGCACGGGGAUUCCUUGAGGCACUUAAGGCUGUUUUGCCUGAAGAGUACAGGGCCUUCAGAUUGAAGUACGAUCCCGAAGACAGAUACUUUGACGAUUUCGAAAAAGCAAUGGAAGCUUAUUAGGUCCUGCAACGACAGAAAUCUUC